AUGGAUCCCGAUAAUAAUAUGAAUGAAAAGGGGAUAAUAAAUAAAAAACAGAAAAUAAAUAAUAUUGAAGAUAAUUUGAUUAGUUUAAACGAAAAAAAUGUUAUGAAUAAUAUUGAUGAUGAUGAAAAUAAAUAUCAUAGAAAGAAAAAAAUAAAGCAAGAUGAAAGAAGUAAUAGAAAUGAUAGUUAUAAUAAGAAAAAAGAUGUAAAUUUAAAAAAUAAUAUAUCAGAAAAGUGUGGAACUGAACUUUAUGAAUAUUAUAAUAAUUAUCGUCGUGAUUAUAAUAAUAAUAAUUGUUCAUAUAGUCACUCUGAUAAUACAUAUAAUGAGAAAUAUAAUUUGUUAUAUAAAGAAAAAAAAAGAAGAGUAAAUAAGAAUAAUAAGAAUCUAAGUGAUACAUACAAAGUAUUAAUAAAUAUUUGUAUCAAUGAAAUAAAAAAAAAUAAUGAUCAUGAAGGAAUAAAUGAAGUUUAUGAGGCGUUAAAAAAAAAUAAUCUCUUAACAUGCAACAAUAAUGAUAAUAUUAAUAUUAAUAGUGAUAAUAUUAAUGGUGAUAAUAUAAAUAGUAUUGGUGUGAAUCAUUACUAUAAUAAAAAGGAAAUAUUUGAAAAGAAUAAAAAAAGUAAUAUAUAUAAUAAUAAUAAUAAUAAUAAUUAUUGUUAUUAUAAUGAUUUAAUGAUGGUAGGUAUGAAGAGAAAAAAAGAAUUACUUUAUAGUGAUGACGAAUUUGAAGAGUGUAAAAAAAAAAAGAUGUGUAGAAAAAAUAAUAUUGAAUCUGAUAUGUUUGAUAUUUUUAAGAAUGUGAUAAAUGUAUUAACAUGUAAAUAUCCUGAACAUAAUAUAAAAGAAUUUUUUUUUAAUAGUCAUAAUAAAUUAAAAGAAGAAUAUGAGAAUAAUAAGAAUAGAUCAAUACAAUUAUCAAGUUAUAAUAAUAAUAGAUAUAAUAAUGUAUAUAAUAGAAUAAGGAAUAAGAUAUUUUAUUCAAGAAAUGAUAUUAAGAAAAAAAGUUUUAUACAUAUGAAAUAUAAAUAUGAUGUAUUUAAUUAUUGUUUAAAAAAUAUAAAAAGAAAUAUAACAAUAUUAUCACAUUAUUUACCACAUAAAAAAGAAUAUGAUUAUAUAACUAAAAUAAUGUUUGAUGAAUAUUGCGAUAAUAUAAUAACAUCUGGAAUAGAUGGAUUUAUAAAAGUAUAUCAUUUAAUAACAGGUAAUUUAAUAAUGUGUAUACAUGCGCAUAAUAAUUUAAUAACAGAUUUUGAUAUACAUCAAUCAAAUAGAUAUAUGAUAUCAUGUGAUGAAAAGGGAAUAGUCAAAUUUUGGUUUCUAGAUAAAUAUAAAUAUAAAUUAUUAUUUACAUAUAGAAGAACAUUUUAUAUGAAAAACGUAAAGUUUUUUUACAACAUUGCAAAUAAGAAUGGUAGAUCAUCACAUCGUUGUGUGAAUAAGAAUUAUGGUCCAUUCAAUAAUAAUAAUAAUAUUAAUAUUAAUAAUAAUAAUAUUUACAAUAAUAAUAUUAAUAAUAAUAAUAAUAUGUGUGAUUAUUAUUGUCACAACUUUAAUGGUAGUAGUAGUAACUCUUCUUGUCUUUCUUAUAAAACAUAUGCUCUAUGCUCAACAAAUACAUAUUUUUUUAUUAUAAAAUUUGAUGACUUAAAUAAUGACUAUCAAAUUAUAAGAUCUAUUAAUACAUUUAAUAUGAAUAACGUAAAGUUUUUUCCUUAUCUUCAAUUCUCUUAUUCAUUAAAUUAUAAUAUAUCUCCUUAUACUUAUAACAAGUUGAUAAUAUCUAAGAAUCCUAUAAAAGAAUUAAAAAACAGUUAUUUAAUAUUUAUCAAUACACAAAAAGAUAUAAAUGACAAAUAUAAUGAUAACAAUAAUGAUUAUAUAAAUACAAAUGGUCGUAAGAAGAAACUGAAAUUUUUAUUAUUGACCACAAAGAAAAUCUAUGAUGAUAAUGAUUAUAAUGAUGAGAAUAUGUGUAUUACUCCACAUGAUAUUGAAAUAACAAAAUAUGUUAAUAAAGUUAGUGAUGAAAUAUAUAAUAAUAUACAUGCAGAAGAUGUUAUCGAAUUAGCUUAUAAUAAAGGAGAUCAAAAAAAAAAAAAAUUAAAUGAACAAGAUAAUUCAUAUAGAAAAAUAUUUCAAUUUUUUGAAAUAAAUAUUUUAAAAAAUGUAAAAAAUAAUAUAGGAUUUGUUAUGUUUAAAACAUUUGAAGAUUUUAAUGAGGAAAUAUUUUUAUUUAUAUUUUCUAAUACAUCUGCAAAUUUUAUAACUGUUCAAACGAAUGGGUCCAUAUAUUUGUGGAAUUUUAAAAAGUAUUUAAAUGAUAUAAAUAAAAAUAAAAAUAAAAAUAAAAAUAAAAAUAUAAAAUAUAAAAAAUAUAAUAAUAAUAAUAAUAAUGAUGGUGAUGAUGAUGAUGAGGAGGAGGCGUGUUUUAAUAAAUAUAAUUAUUGUGAGGAAAAAAAAGAAAAAGUGAAAAUACCCAUCUGUUGUUUUUAUACUUCUUUAUAUGUUGAAUAUAUGAUUGAAUCUUCAGCAAUGCAUGAGAAUGCAAAAACAAAAAAUAAAAAUGAAAAUGUUUUAAAUGAAAUAAAUAAAGAAAAUAAAAAUGAUCUCUUUAUUAUAUCUUCAACUUCUUGUUCGUCUUAUUAUUAUUCAUCGAGUGAUUAUGAUGACAGGCGUAGUAAUACGUUGGAUGAUGAAGAUGAACUGAAGCUAAAUGAUAAUUAUUCUGAUGAUUCUUUGAGAAGAAGUGGAAGAAAUGAUUCAAAUAGCAGCCUAAAAAGAAAUAAUAAUAAUAUGAUAACAUGGAAUGAAGACCAUAAUUAUAUUAAUAAUAAUCAAAAUAUUUGUAAUAAUCAAAAUAUUUGUAAUAUGAAAGAUAGGGAAGAAGUUAAUAAUAAAAGUGAAGGAUGCAUUAUUAAAAAAUUAGAUCCUAUUUGUAGAACGGAUAGAAAUAAUGAUAAAUAUAAAAAGAGUAAAAAAAAUAAUAAUGAUAAUAAAAAAUAUCAUAAUAAUAAUAAUAAUUAUAAUGAGAAUAAUUAUUUAAAAAAAAAUAACGUUUGCAAUAAAUGUUCAAGUGAUAAAAAAUGUAUUCAUACAUUUAAUAACGAAAAACCAAAUAUGAAAUCAAAAUUACGAGCUAAGAAAUUACAUUAUAAAAUAAGUAGUAUAUCAUUAAAUAUAUCUGAUGAAUAUUUAAUUGUUGCUGAUGGUAUUACAAAUAAAUCGAAUUCAUCAAAAGAUAUAAAUAAUGCUGUUACUAUGAAAACGAAUUUGUCUAUAUUUAAUACAAAAACUUAUGAAGAGACAAAAUUUUUUGAUUUAAAAAAAUGUGAUAGCUAUGUUAGUUUCAUAGAACCUAAUCCAUUUUAUAAAGAUAUAAUAUUAUUUGCUUGUUAUAGAAAAUAUAUAUAUUUAUUAAAUGUUGAAAAAAAAAAAAUUAUAAAAAAAUUUUCCUAUGAUAGUGAUUUAAAGAAUUAUUUUGCUCAAUGGAAUAAAAAUGGAUACUUUUUUAUAGUGUCUCAUAAUUUUGGAUACUUUUCUAUUUUUACAUUGAAUAAAAAUUCAUGUUAUAAAUUUACAUUAUGUGAACAGAUAACAUCAACUCAGGUAUCGUUUUUGAAUGACAUGAAUGGAAAUGAAAAUAUGGAGGAUUAUGAUAAUGUGAAUGUGUUGUCAGAUGUAUAUGUAUAUGAUUCUGUAAGUGGCAUGAAUGAAUCAAAUCGUGUUCUUCCGUUAGAUGUGUCAACUAUAAAUAAUAAUGACAUGCGAUUUAGAGGGAGACGCGUUGCAAGAUCCAUCAACACUAAUGUAAAUAAUAAUACAAGAGGUAAUAACACAAGAGGUAAUAAUAAUAGAAGUAAUAAUAAUAGAAGUAAUAAUACAAGAAAUAAUACCACCAGAAAUAAUAAUAACAAUAGUAAUAAUCGUGUGGGUCAUAGACUGACAAGAGGAGGGAAUAGAAUCGAUCGAAUCACCAAUAGUGAUGAUGAACUUGAAAUUAUUACAAGAAAUGAUGUAAAUGAUGUAAAUGAUUUAAAUGAUCAAGAUAUAAAUAAUAUUAAAAAUGAAAAGAAUAAUAUCAUUUUAAAAUCCUCUAGUAAGAGAAAAAAGAAAAUUAUCGAAGAAAGUUCAGAUUAUACAAGCUCAGAAAAAACUAUAUAUACAUUAUAUACAGAUAGUAAUUCAAGAUGUUCUCAAAAAAAUAAAAGUAGCAACAAAAACAAUAUUGAUAUAUGUGAUAAGGAUUCUAUUGUUGAUGUGAAUGAACAACAAAAAAAUGACAAUAUUUAUAUUAAUAAAAAUGAUGGUGGUAAAGAGGAUGAUCUUUUAAAUGAUGAAGUUAAAAUUAUAGAAAAUGGAAAGAACACAUAUGAGAAAAGAACAAAAGAAAAGUUGUUAAAUAAUAAAAAAACUGUUAUAAAUCUGGAGUGUCUUUCUAACAAUGAUGAUGAAGUAAUUAAUGUAGAGGAAGUACAUAGAGAAACACAAGAGAGCAAAAAUAAAAUGAAAACAAAAAGAAGAAAUCAAAACAAUAUAAAUAAUAGUAAUAUAAAUCAUAGUAAUAUAAAUAAUAGUAAUAUAAAUCAUAGUAAUAGUAAUAAUUAUUAUGGUGAGGAUGAAAUUAUCAACAUUGAUCAUAUUAUUAACACUAGUUCUUCAUUUAAUUCUAGAGAUAAUAUAUAUAAGAAAAAUAAAAAACUUGCAAAUAAUUCAAGAAAAAGGAAUUCAGAGCCUGAUUGUAUUCAUAUUAAAGAUAGUAGUUUUAUAGGGAAUAAAGAUGACGCUUUUGUGUUAGAUGACGACGAUGAAAUAAAUAGUAACACUAAUAUUAAUAGUAUUAAUGAUGAUGAUAAAGACAAUAUUUAUAAUAAUAAUAAUAAUAAUAAUAAUAAUAAUUAUUGUCAGAAUGAAAGAUGUGAUGAUAAAUCGUUGAAUCCAAAUAAACGCUUGACUUUUAUUAAAAAAAAUAAAAUACAAAAAAGGUGUAAAAAUGAAGAAACAGAAAAAGUAACAGAAAUAUAUGAUGAUAAAAAGGAAGAAGAAAGUUCAAGUAUUGAUAAUUCUUUUUUUGAUGAUGAAAGCUCAAUUAGUUUUCUGAGUGAUGAUACUAAAUAUGAUAAUUAUAGGGACAGUUUAAAUAAUACAUCAGAUGAUAGUUAUACAUUAUAUAUAAAAAAUAUAAAGAAACUGAAAAGAAAUAAUAAUAAUAUUAAUAAUAAUAAUUAUAAUUAUAAUUAUAAUUAUAAACGUAGUGAUAACAUAUCAAAUAUGUCGUGGAGCUCUGAUAAUGAUCAGAAUUUAUUAAGUGAUUCAAUGUUAUCAUCAAAUAAUUUUUUUAAAAAUGAAAAAGGUUAUUCAUUUAGAAAUAAUAAUAGGAAUGUUCAUUCAAAGUAUGUUAAUUAUUCUUAUAAAAAUUCAAGUAGUUAUAAUUUAAAAUAUAUGAACUAUUCAAUGUUAUCAAAAAAGGAUACAUAUAAUAAUAAACAUUUAUAUGAAAAAAUAUAUAGAAAUAAUAAUGCAUGUUCUUUAUUUUUUAAGAAAAAAAAGAAAGGAAAAUGUAAAUCUGAAGAGAAUAAACCUAUACACAACAAUUUUAAUAAUAUAAAUGUUCUUGUUGAUAAGAAAUUUAAAAUAUAUGAACAAGAAUUACAACCUUUACUUCCACGAUUUUCUAGUUUUAAUUUAUGUGAUAAUUAUUUAGAUUUUUUAAAAAAUGAAAAAAUCGAUCCCAUAAAUAUCCAUAUAAGUUAUUAUAAAUAUAUAUAUUCAAAAUUAAAAAAUAAAGAUAGAAGUUAUAAGAAUUUAUUGAUAUAUGAUAUAUUAUAUAGAAUAUUACAAAAUUAUAGGAAGAAUUUACCAUUAUAUCAUAAAAAUAUAGAUAAUAAUAUGAAAGAUAUGAAUCUAAAAAAUAUUCAAUGUGAUAAAUUUAUGAAGUCUAGUAGUAUAAAACAAAUUAAUUAUUUUAAUGGUCCAUCUCCUAAAGAUCACCCAAUUAUAUUGAAGAAUAAUAUUUUAAAAUAUGAAAAUAAAAAUGAAUUAGAUGUAUCAGAUGAGAAGGGCACUGUUGUUAUAUGUGAAGAAUCUUUAAAUUAUAAUUAUUACAACAGUGUUAAGGAGUUUGAUUUAAAAAUGGAUCCUUUAUUAGAAAAAUUAAAUAAAUAUAUUGAAUUUUAUAAAAAAGGGAAAGGAGAGAAGAAUAAACAGAAUUAUAUAAAUGUAAUGAAAAUAAAUAAAAUAUAUAAUCGUUUUAUUAAUAAAACGGAUGAUAUAAUAUGUUCAUAUGGUAUGUAUGAAAAUAAUAAUGGAAAAAAUAAUUUUGAUAAUUAUAAUAUACAUUGUGAAUACAAAAAUAAUCAUGAUUUAUUAUAUGCCUCAAUUCUUUAUCGUUUUUUAAAAAAAUUACCUUGUAAAGAAGAAGAAAAUAUUGAUAAUUUUAUUUAUUAUAAUAGAGAUAUGAAGAAUUAUAAAAAGAAUAUAAAAAAUUAUAAUGAUAAUUGGGGGGGGAAGAAAAAAAAAAUAUUAAAAGAUUAUCUACAAGCAUAUCUGAUGCAUUAUGAAAGGGUGCAUGAAAAUAAAGAAGACUGGGAUUAUAAAUUAUUUAUAUAUAGUAGUAAUAAUAAAAUGAUAUAUAUGAAUAAUUAUAUAAAAAAGAAAAUAUUAGAAACAUUAGAAGAAAAAUAUAAAAAGAAUUUAGUAAGAGAAAAGUUUAAUAUGUUAAAUAAUUAUCCUUUAAAAGGAAGAAAUUGUAUUAUAAAAAAUGUGGAUCAAUUAAUAGGAUGUCAAUACAUGAAUCCAUAUUCUGUGUAUGUAAGAUCUCCUGUUGAUAAUUAUGAUUAUAUUAAUAUACAUAGUUUUGACAAUUCAUUUGUAUCAAAUUAUUCUAGAUAUAAUGAUUUAUUUACAAUGUUUAGAAAUAAUGUUUAUAAUAAUAUUAAUAAUAAUAAUAAUAUUAAUAAUAAUAAUAAUGCUAAUUUUAAUACUUCUUUAAAUUAUCAACAUAUGGCUAGCUCAGCUAGAGAUGCAGAAAUAGCUGUAAUAAGUGAGGGAUCAUCUAUGUUUACAAGUGAUCAAUCAGCUAAUUAUUUUUCAGACGAAGAAGAAGAAGAUGAUGACGAUUAUUAUGACGACGAUUAUUAUGAUGAUGAUUAUGAUGAUGAUUAUGAAGAUGAUGAUUAUUUUAAUGAUGAAUAUACAUAUACUAAUCCGGAAUAUUAUUACAAUAGAAGAUAUACAAGAAAUAGAACUCGCCGUAAGACACCACGCACAAGAAACAACAGAAGAAAUAACAACAACAAUAAUAAUAAUAAUAAUAAUAAUAACAAUAAUAAUAAUAAUAAUAAUAAUAGGAAGUCAAGAAAAAGAUCUGGAAGAACUAAUAGAAAAAAAAGUGAAAGAACAAAAAAAAAGAAUUCAGAAAAUUCUUUAAAUGUAAGGAAGAGUGAUAGACUAAGAAAUAAAGAACAAAAUAAAAAAGAAGAAAAUAAUAAUAAUAAUAAUAAUAAUAAUAAUAAUAGUUCUGUUUUUAGAAAUACAUCCAAUUCUAGAAAUAGAUAUAAUACUAGAUCCUCAAACGUUAACCGUCAUCAUUUCAUAUAA